AUGAAAAAUCCUUCAGGACCAUUCGGUUGUCUCAAUAAUGCAAGGUAUGGUAUUGGUUGGGGGGCAUUAGGAGCAGCUGAAUUCUGUCUACACACUGCCCGCCAAUACACUCUGGACAGGAAGCAGUUUGGACGUCCUCUUGCUGCAAACCAGCUUAUCCAAAAGAAAAUGGCUGACAUGAUAACAGAGAUAUCAAUUGGUCUUCAAGCUUGCCUACAAGUUGGUAGACUAAAAGACGAGAAUAAAGUUCCUCCUGAAAUGAUUUCGCUGAUAAAAAGGAAUUCUUGUGGUAAAGCAUUAGACAUUGCAAGAGCAGCACGAGACAUGCUAGGAGGUAAUGGAGUCAGUGAUGAGUAUCAUGUAAUAAGACACGUAAUGAACCUUGAAGCUGUUAAUACUUAUGAAGGUACACAUGAUAUUCAUGCAUUAAUCCUUGGGCGAUCUAUAACAGGAUUACAAGCAUUCACCUGCAAGUAACUGAAUGAACUUGUACCAUUAUUAUCAUUAUUAUUGUUGUUUUAUUAUUA